GGGAGGCGGCGCCGCGGCUCCGCCAUGUCCACCCCGGCGCGCCGCCGCCUGAUGCGCGACUUCAAGAGAUUGCAAGAAGACCCUCCUGUGGGUGUCAGUGGUGCACCAUCUGAGAAUAACAUAAUGCAAUGGAAUGCAGUUAUAUUUGGGCCAGAAGGGACACCUUUUGAAGAUGGUACUUUUAAACUAGUAAUAGAAUUUUCCGAAGAAUAUCCAAAUAAGCCUCCAACUGUUAGAUUUUUAUCAAAAAUGUUCCAUCCAAAUGUGUAUGCAGAUGGCAGCAUAUGUUUAGAUAUUCUUCAGAAUCGCUGGAGUCCAACAUAUGAUGUUUCAUCUAUUUUAACUUCAAUUCAGUCUCUGCUUGAUGAACCCAAUCCAAACAGUCCAGCAAACAGUCAGGCAGCACAACUUUACCAGGAGAACAAACGUGAAUAUGAGAAAAGAGUUUCAGCUAUUGUUGAACAAAGUUGGAAUGAUUCGUAACAGCUGCUGUGUUACUCUCCAUCCUCAUAAUCAUUAUGUACAAUUUAACCCUCAAUAGAAAGGCUACCAGAAAUUUCAAGUGCCACAGUUCUAUGAAUUUGCAUAAAAGCUCAUUUGCAAACAAAAUUAAGCCCUUCAGUUUAGGGAAAGCUAAAAGCUUGUGUAUCUCAAUUAACGUCCUUUUUAUUGCAUGGUAAGAACUAAGUUAUUGCUACAUAAAUUUGUAAUAUAUCCUGUUUGUAUUUUUUUUCCAAGUGUAUAAUGUUGGUGUGGAGUUUUCAUGACAGAAUAUACACAUUUUGUAAAUCUGUACUUUUUCAAAUAUUGAAUGCCUUAUUUUUGAAUUCUUUAGAUUUUUAAAUUGGAGAAAAGCACUUAAAGUUUUUAUAUAUGAAUAUUUCAUGUAAAACUGUUAAAUACAUAACCUUAGUGCAAGACA